ACCGGGGAAAAGCGCACGACGAUCCGACUGUCCAGACUCUGCAUGCGGAGUGUGUGUUGAAGGAGAGAGCGUUUACAUCUCGAGCUUCCCGCCGGGCAUUUGUGCUGGUGCAAAAGAGCGGCUGCCUCUCGGCAUCGUUUCCAGACGGUGUCCCUCAGAGAGGGCAAGUGCGGUUCUUCUCUCUCGUCUUCUCGCCUCGCUCCCGCGUCGCCGUCUUCCCCGAGCAUCAAAUCAACGAACUCUUCUUCUCUCUGAUCGCCACCGCCUGCGCUUCUGCUGUCCCCCUUUCCUCUUGCACUCCUGCUCGCUUCCUCUCUCCUCGCUUCCUCUCUCCUCGCUUCCUCUCUCCUCGCUUCCUCUCUCUGCGAGUGAUUCACUUCGUCUUUUUCAACUGGACUUCGGCCUCUCGCUCUGGCGCCCGGCUGAGCCAGAACGCUGCUCCAGUUCCCGAGGGACUUCUGCGAGGGUCGCGGAAGUCGCUGCAGCAGAGGCAACGCGUAGCUGAGUGGGUGGGCGGCGCACUGUUGUCUGCAUGCGCUCCAGCUCGUCAGAAGAGACAGAGUCUCCGUCUCUGGGCGGAAGAGUGACACGAGCAGCAGGGGCCAGAGAGCGCGAAGCUGACGGGUGAGUGUAGAGCCGAGGCAGACGCCAAGGGGGAAGAACCUGUCUGUCUCGUCAACUGGCACUCGGCGCUGCUCUCGCCAGGCAGCCGCGGCCAGGAGAAGUGGAGAAAAAGGCCUUUUCGGGGACUCGGGAGAGACCGGAAAGAAAGCGCAAUCUGGGCGGACGCGCUCGGACGCGACGAGAGCCGCCUCCGCCUCCAGAAGUGAAGCAGCGGGGCCUCGAGUUGGGAGGAGACGAACUCUGCAGUACAUGUCUGUGGAGCGUCGAGGGAGGGCGGGUGCACAAUUGGAGGCCGAGAGACGCGCCGACGAAGUCCAGGAGGAAGCGGAAGACGCGCGAGAAGCGUAACUGCUUUCGGAAAGUCUCUUGAAGUGCCAAGCUGCACAGAGCGCCCCAGAAACAGAGAGCGAAUUCUCGCUUGCCAGAGAGGGACGGAUGCUUGUUUCUCCGAAAAGUGAGAGUCUCGGAUUCGUCUUCUUCUCGGCGUUUCCGUUGAGAGCUCCAGUGCAGGUGCAUGCCGUUUCUUCGUUGGACUUUGAAUGGAUUCCGGCUCUGUCUCUCUCCCGUGGGAAGAUGGGUUUCCUUGUCCUCGUGGCGACGGGUGAGAAGAGAGACGACAUUUUCCAGAUGUCUCCCUCAGCUGUCGCGAAGAGGACGCUUGCAACAUCCUCCGUCCAGGCUGACAAAGGGAAGUUGCCGGCGUCUUCUCUUGCCGGUGCCUUUCGCUCUGGUCUCCCUGCAGAGCUCCGAAAGAGAGACGCCUCUGGAUGGGAGCGAGCUCGCAGGAAUCGCACACAACUCGCGUCCUCAUCACUCGCGGCACCACCCCCUUGGGGCGAGUACGCCGCAUGCAACGCGGGAGACGACGAUGAAGCAAAAGAAGAAGAAGCAGAGGGAGGAGAAGCAGAAGACAAUAAUGAAGCAGAUGACGAAGACGGUGACGACGAAGAAGGAGAGGGAGAGGAACACGGCGACGCAAAAGAGGACAAACAGAGAGAACAAGAUUGA